AUGGGAGAGGUGGUGAAUGUUUACACCAGUGCGCCUUUUGAUAGCCCAGACAAAUAUUCCAAACAGUCCCCGGAGCUGGAGUCGCUGGUGCCCAAUGCCCUGGAUUAUAUCAGAAUCGUCAAGGAAUUGGAGAAUUCCCAGGAUAAAAACAAGAAUGUGCAGCAGAUCUUGACCAACACCACCAUCAUGGUGGUCAGUGUGGUGGAGGCGGGGCAGCAGCUGUCAGAGGAGGUGCUGGGCAGGAUUGAGGGUGCUUGUGACAUGGCGCUGGCACUGAGCAGGGCCAAGCUGUGCAUCUACGAGUACAUGGAGUCCUGAGUGUCCUUCAUCACCCCCAACCUCUCCCUCAUCCUCGGGGCCUCCAUGGCUGCCAAGGAGGGGGUGGCAGGGGGCCUGACCCCGCUGUCCAAGCUGCCAGCCUGCAACACCCUCCUGUCGGGGCUCUCCAGCUCCAUCCUGCCCCUCACCGGCUAACCCCACAGUGACAUUGCCCAGGCCCUGCUGCCAGAUUUGAGAAGGAAAACAGCGUGGCUCAUGGUGGCCAAGUGCAUGCUGGCAGCCAGGGGGGACAGCUUCCAUGAGAGAGGUGGAAAGGCGGGAUAUGAACUGAGGGAGGAGAUCGAGCACAAGUUCGACAUGCAGGAGCCCGCCCCAGUGAAGCCACUGCCAGCGCCGCUGGACGCUCCCCUGAGGGAGAAGAGAAAGGGCCAGCGGUAGUGGAAGAUGAAGGAACGCUUGGGCCUGACAGAGAUGCACAAACAGGCCAACAGGAUGAGCUUUGGGGAGAUCGAGGAGGAUGUCUACCAAGGAGGACCUCGCCUGGGCCACCUGGGCAAGGCCAGCAGUGGCCACCUGUGCCAGGGCCAGGUCAACGAGGCCACCAAGGCCCAGAUCAGGAAAGCCCUGCAGAGGGUCAUCCACAGGGGCAAAUCCAUGAUCCGGGACAGAUGCAGCUCAGGCACGGCCUCGAGCGUAGCCUUCACCCCUGUGGGGUUGGAGAUUGUGAACCUGCAGGCGGCCGCAAAGAAAGUGGCCGAGACCAAGCAGAAAUAUUUCUCCUGCAUGGCCAACUUUGUCAAAGGGAACAAAAAUGGGAUCUCCAUUCCCCCAACCCCACUGGGAUCCCCAAAUCCUACCCUGCAACCCCCAAACUCCUGAGGAUUCCACCCCAAUGUCACUUCCCCAAACUUUUUAUAAAUAUUGGAAUUUGUGGUUGGAGUGUCUUGGGGCAGUUUUGGAGGGAUUGAUGGCGGGGGAGGUCAGGGGGUCCUAGAUGGAUUUUAGGGGGCCCUGAAUAGAAUUUGGAAGUCCCAGGGGGAAAAAAAUUUAAAAAUACAUAGACUACUGAGUUACAAGUAUAUGUGUAAAAAAUGCAGAGAAUAUAUAAAACAAAAAAAGGCACAAAUCAAUAGGCAUCACACCCACUUUGAUAUUUAAGAAGUUACCAUGGUAACACCUGCACUGCAGCCCAGAAUGAAGCAGGCCUUGCUACAAGUCCUCUGCUAGAACUAUUGGAGCCUGACUUUUUAUUCCUUACAGUACAUCAGGGCUAAAAUAUCAGCCCAAAAAGGAGACAGCUAAACCCUGGCCACUAAGUAGAACAUUUAAUGAGCAAAUAACUGGAGGCAGAACUGAUGAUUUUCCUGGGCAUUUAAUUGACUGAAUCUUAUGCCAGAAACUUAAAGCAGAAGAAACUGAUUAAGAACUGGGCCUGGAUUAAAUUGUGUUUGUGAAUUUUACAGCCUCAAAAUAAUCUAAUAUUACAGAUGCCAAACUCAUAUAUUAGCACACCUUCCUAAAAUGAGAAAUAUGUUCCUGGGAGAGCACAUCACAUUAAGCAGUACACAGGUCUCAAGUUGGUUUUUUUUAAUAUCUCCAAAAAAAUAUAUACAGUCUCCUUGUAAUCCUAAGAGUCCUCUCCAUCCCCUUGAAAUCCAUCACCCAUGGCACCAUGAAUUCUGGAGCACCUGCAUGUGUUUGGUUUGUUAACACAAGCCCUGUUUAUUUUCUGUCAGUCAGAGCAGGCAGCUGCUCACUCACUCUGCACCAGUGAGCCCUGGCUCACUGUGUCCUUAACUCUCCCACUUUAAUCUCAGAAGAGGGCUGAUGUGCAAGAUAUUGACCUUAUCUUCUAAAGGAAGGCAUGGAAAUAUAAACAUGUUCCAUAACAGCAGCUUGGGAAGAGUUACUUGACAGAAGGAGCGAAUUCCUGUCUGCUUUGUUGUAUCACUUCAGGCAAGCUCUUAUUUUGCCCACAAAAAGUUCAAAGACACCUCUCCUGACAUCUUCUCCUGUGCCUGCCUGGCACAAGCUGCUCAACAAGCCUUCAUAACAUGAAAAGGCAUCUCAAUCAUUACUGACCUAAAAGGUUGUGAGUAAUAUCAGAUCUAAAAAUGCCUGAAAAGUUUUAUUUCCACCUUAGUGUUAUUCCACAUUCCACCUAAUGAUGAAAAAUAAUGGUAAAUACCAACUCUGCAGUCAUGGAUUAAGAAAAACAAAGAGGCCCAUUUUUUAAAAAUAAUCACUUCAAAAGACACCUUAUCUUCUGUAUCAAAAGCAAUAGGUAAUUGAGAAAGCUAAAAGGAUAAUUCACUUUGGCCAAUGCCAGAAACUUCUUUAUCCAUCACAAAAUUAAAAUACCACUGAAACAAAAGACCCAUAAAAUAGAAGUUAUCCUAUGGAGACACAUACCUGUAUAACCCAUUAAGUACAACUGUCAUUGUUGCAUUUAGUGAAAAAAGUGUAAUGGUUCUGCUUACUGGGGAAUUUUGUAAUUCUAAAUUUCAUCUGGGCCAUUCUUCCAGCUCCUUCAACUGCCAGUUCUUGUGGGUUUUGUUACGCAGGCCCUAGGAAUACACAGACCAGCUGCAACAGCUGGGAUCCAGUUUCACUUUCUGCCUUAUCUCAUGGAUCUACAAACACUUAAUGACUUAAUGUCAACCUUCAGAAAAUUAAUCCAGAUCACACCCUUUGAAGCACAGCAUGCUGCUUUCUUUAGUUUGCUUUUGUGGGGAACUUCUGCACAAGUCCAGGCCUCCAUCAGCUGCAUGAUUCCUCCCAACAUCUGUAGCACUGGAAACAUCAGACCAGAUACCUUGAAGACUAUUAGUAACAGAAUGAGGUAGCUAUAACAAACAAAACAACAAUAAAUGUGCUCAGCUGGUUCCAGUUUUCUCCUCUUACCUCUGCCUACACCUGUAUUUUGUUCCACCACUCUCAUGCCAUAAAGUCAGCUUCCUUGCAAGCACACUUUCUGUUUAUAAUUUGGAGUCAAUGCAGAAAUUACUCACAAUUAGGCAUUACAUUUUUCUGAAGAUAUUAACUCCUGUUUAUUUCAAAGUAAAAUUCUACAUGUCCUGAGUUCCUCUUAAAAAUGUUUAUAAAUCAUACCACAAGGGGUUUUUUUUGGAAAUCAUGGUAACUUGGCUGUGUACACAUACGUCUCCCACUGUUUAUAGCAAGGUUUGUGGCAGCUUUUUGCUGCUUUCCUAAGAAAAGUAAAGCUCAUCUAUUUCCUAAAAAAAGCUGUCUACUGAUUUCUAAAAGCAAAGUAGCUGAAGAGCACUUUUGAUUUCAUGCAUUAUCUGGCAGCUGGCUACCAAAAAAUGUUCCCAAAUACUGAGCUUUAACAGCAAUUUGAUACCAAAGGCACCAAGCUUAAAAAUAACGUUUUGAAGACAGAGAGAUUUUUGAAGGAAUCACAACAGAGUGAAUCCAGAGAAGGGCAAUUGACCUGGGGAAGGGUCUAGAGGACAAGUCCUGGGAGAAGCUCAGGGGGCUGGGGUUGUUUAGGCUGGAGAAAAGGAGGCUCAGGGUUCACCUUAUCCUCUCUACAACUGCCUGAAAGGAGGUAGUGGAAAGGUGGAGGAAAAGUGGAAAGGUUCUCCAGGACAACCAGCAACAGGCUAAGAGGAAAUGGUCUGAAGCUGGGCCAGGGGAGGUUCAGGUUGGAAAUCAGGAAAAAUUCUUUCACUGAAAGGGUGAUUGGGCAUUAGAAUGGGCUGCCCAGGGAGUGGUGGAGUGUUUUCAGAAGCAGCUGAAUAUGGCACUCAGUGCUGUGGGUUUUGGUCAAAGUGCUUGGUGCUUGAUCCUGGAGGUCUUUUCCAGCCUUAAUGAUUCUAUGAAGUCAUGAAAUGAACUAAGAGAAACAGAUAAUUGUGUGCCAGUGCUGCCAGGGCAGCCUUAACUGAACCCUGCCAUGGUCACACAUUGUUUAUGUUAAUUACAAUUAACAUUAUAUUAAUUAAAAGUUCUCUGCCAAAGCAGAGCUCAUAGCAAGAGGCUUUGAUGUUGAAAUGGACAGCCCUGUGCUGUGGUCUGUAAAGCUAAGGGCUUUAUUUUGCCAAGCCAGGAAUCAAAUUCAACCCUCAACACUAACAUUCUUACAAAUAGCUUGAUCCCUUAACAGAAAGCAUAUUCAAUUAAUUAUUUACACUUGUUUAGUGCAUUAUUUUACCAAGUCUGUUAAAAAUACAAACCUUAACCUCCACCCCACCUCACUCGGAGAAGCAUUAGAGAUGUACAAGUAUCACCUUGUCCUUCUCAGUUAUUUAAAAACAACACGAAGACCCCUGACUUGCACACUUGCAGCAUCACAUGCAAUAGCCACACAAUUGCAAACUCUUAAAAGCAUUCAUUUCUCUGCCUGUACUGUUCUCAAACCCCAGCAGAACAGAAGGAAAACUAUCUAUAGGAUAUGGGACUGUUGUCCUCGUCCAGUAAUAGUGGCACAUAGCAGAUGACAGAGUGCCUUCCAUUUUGAGGUUAAUGGAAUUCCAAUGUAUUUUAAAUUCAACACCACAGCAAACUUGUGUAUAUUUGAUGCUUCUGUAAACUAAACUAAGGCUCCUCAACACAUCCUCUUCAAGACAAAAUCAUUGUUACAACACACCAUCUUCUGCCAGCACUCAUAAAGAAACAAUUUAAACGAUCUCCAAUACCUACACAUGUUACAAGUGAUGCAAAAAACCCAUCUCUAAUUUUAAACCCUGGAGUUAAAGCCUAGUGAUAGAUCAAGUGAAGCAAGCUGCAAGCCAGUAUUAAGGGAAUUUUAAGUCCAUGAGAGGAAUUUUCAGGUUAAAAAGCCAUCAUGCCACAGAAAGCUUCGCUGGUAUGGUUUUAGCUGAGGUUACCAUUUAAAAGUCACACAUAUAAAAAGCCACUUUUAUCAAAUAAAGUGCUGCACCUGCUUUUAUGCACAUAUUUUAGCAGCAUUGUCAGAGAAGAAGAUACUGAAAACAUGCAAGUUUAAAACUGAAGACUGGUUAAACAUAUCAUGAAUCAGGCCGUGGCAAAUCACAACAGUGCUUAAUGGACUUUUCAUGCAGGCACAGAAUCUUACCAAAUCAGCCUAUUUUUACAUGAAAUACUAUAAAGCCUAGAAUUCCUCACAUUUUAUAGCCCAGAACAUGAAAUAAUUGUUAUGAGUUUCUGCAAAAAAGGACAGCAUUUCUCUGUCUCUUUUUUUCCACAUCUGAACAAAAACCUUCUCUUUAACUAUAGCAAAAUUAUGAGCUUUCAAUCUCACAUAGAUGCUUACAAAGGCAAUGGUUAGAGCCUGCUCCAAACAGCAGAGAACUGAGCUGGAAGAGACCUCUAGAGAUAACCUAUGUGCAAUAGGUGCAUUGGGCCAGAUUAUCUGCAACAGACUGUCUGGGACCAGGUUCAUGUGGGCUUUGAAUAGCUCAAGAAUGGAGAUUUCACAAUCUCUUGGAGAAACCUCUGAUCCUUCUUGACCACUUUCAUGGGAGAAAGAUUUCUUAUCUAUUGCCUUUUGCCCUUUCACUGGUGUAAGGCAGAGCAGUUCAGCUCUGUCACCUUUAGUGCCUGUAAAUGAUGACCUUUUCUUUUACUCAGAAGACAUCCCGUGAAAUCUAAGUUGAAUUACCUAAAUAAAAACUAGCUCCUCUUAAAUUCAAAGUCAAGCUUGGUAAGGAAGCUUGUAGAUUAAAAACCCACCUGAAUAAAAGAGAUGCUUCCAACCUGUGCAUGCCUCAGCUCCCACAAUCUUUGCACAGGAGAGUGAGCAGCACUUCCAGCCUCUUUUCAAGACCUGCACAAUUGACUCAGUUGAUACAAAGAUAAAGGAAUGUACAAUUGCUAGAAACAGGCACAGACUGAGCAGCAGGUAUGAAAACAGCCUGGAGCUCCAGAAUUCUUAUUUAGCCUUGAAACAAAUGUGAGCUUAGUGAAUUUGCAGGGAAGAACAGUCUGCCUCACAGGCUAUCCAGGCAACACAGAAAUGGAGGUUUUUUUCAAAGUUUCUUGUACAAUAAACUUGAAUAGUCUUUUGUUAGACACACUACCAAAACUAACCACACUCUGAUCUGGAGACAGGAUAAACUUACAUGGCUGUGCUCAAUUAGCAGCUUCCCUACUCUACUGCUAAAUCCAAAUCCUUCCCUCCAAAAAAGACAGUAAAAGUUUUUUUAAAAAAAUAAAUAAAAUGGGCAUAUUCUAACUGUUCAAGCUGUGCCCAUAUUCAGCAAUUAUUUUACCAUACCACUAACAAACAUUAAAAGAAAAGAAAGGAUGCAAUACAGAAAAGUACAAGAUGAGAAGCAUUGUUUUUCUAAUGAAAUGGCAAGACUAAAAUACUCACAGCAUCUUCUCACACACUUACCAAAUGCUACCUGCAGGUACGUUCACACAGAAUCCUGCACCUUGAGCAUUUAAAACUAGACUCAAUAAGCUCAAGAAAACAUUGACUAAUACUCAUUUCUGCUCUGGCAAAGGGAAGGACAUGAUAGGAUCAAAGGAUUAGCUAUCAACUCCAUUAAAGCACCUAACUCUGUUUGUGUUUUCCUGCAGAUGUUAUGACAGUGUAGGACAGGUAGCUACCUAAAGAAGCUUAAGCUUGAUGUUCUUAGCAACCUGUAAUAAACUUCUUUCUCUCUGCCCUGCUGAACUGAGUAGUUUCUGCUCCCCUCUAAGAUAAUAAGUAAUCCCUACAGGGGAGAACAUUUCUUUGUGAAUUUUCACAUUUCCAAAGAAAAUGUUACUCCCUUGAUCAUACCCUUUAAUAUUUGUCAUACUUCUUUAAUUUGGAACCUGUAAUACCAAAAUUGGUUCUUUAUUUCAGCAAAUCUAGGAUUUUAACAGUAUAUUUACUUGAAUGCAGAGCAAAUACAGCCUACAGGACCUACCUUCAUUAGAAGUUCUGCCUUUAUCUAAACUUUUAAACUGAAUCUGACUUGGAAAGAAUGAAUAUUUCUAUGGAUCUCAGAGCAGCAGCCAGCCAGCCAUCCAGCAAGGACUCAGGAAACAAGUCAAUGAAAACCAAUUAUGCAACUAAGACAGAAGGAUGAACUGAACUCAGGUACUUGUGAAAUUCAUUACUGGAGAUUCUGCCUUUGCCUCAGUACAGCUUGAAGAUUAAAAGU